AGCAGCCACGGUGUGCCGGCUACUGUGCACGCUGGUGUGCACGCGCGGGGCCGACGGGGAGCUACGUUUCCGUUACGGGAGCCGUGCCGCCUCCGGCAGCCGCUGCAGAGGCGCGCCCGGCGCCCCCUCCCGCCCAGUCCCCUCCCCCGGUGGCUCUCGCUCGCCCUCUUCCCUCCCCCCGCAGCGUCGGCCGCCUCCGGGUGCACAGGGCCGCGCUCCGCACGCGCACCACUCCCGCAGCCGCCCCGGCGCGCGCGGGCCCCCAUCCAGCUGCCCAGCGACCAUGAGCUGCGGCGCGCGGGUCGCGGAGAGCAGUGGUGAUCACAGUGCCUCUUCAGAAGAAAAAGAUUGCCCUAGCCCCAACCUAGAUACUUCAAAGGACUCUAAAUCAGGAGAAGACAGCAGUUGUGAGAGCAGUUCUGAAAGUGAGUCGGAUAAUGAGGAGCCAAAACCAGAACAAACAAAUGGGGAACUAGGAGAGUCUUCCACUGAGGAAGCUUCUGCUCAGGAGUUUAAUAAAAUCCAACCUUACUGUGAACACUGUAAUGCUGAAAAUAAACACAAUGAACAAGUGACCCCUAGGCUCCUUUCCCGGGGACAGUUUUUACUGAAGGUGGACACAGAGGGAAUUUACCAGUGCACAGAAACUGGUCUGAUAUUUGAGGUGAACAGAAAAGUUGACAUCAAGUAUUGCAUUUUGUCCUGGAGCAAAUACGCAGACCUGGUUGUUAAGCCCUGGGCUGUCAGUGGACCCUUGUUUGAUGUAAAAUGUGACCCAGCCUGUCUUACGUCCAUUCAGUUUCCACAUUCCCUCUGCUUGGGUUACCAUGAUGCCAAUAUGACCUUCAAAGUCUUACAUGUGAAAAGUUCUGGGGCCUUGUUAGAAUCCACUGUGGAUCAUUCUGCAACCCAUGUCAAAUGGCAUGUGAGCUCGCUUUCUCCUGUGGGACCUGUUAUUCAAAGUGAAGAAACAGUAUACCACCACGGGGCUGUGAUUUUGUACAAAGCCAUUGACCAUAAUCCAUCCUUGUCUUUUCGAGUGUAUAUAGCAACCAAUAAUGAGUCCUUCAUCAAGGAUAUUUCCAAGUCUGUGAAGCACUCCUCUAAGAAAUUCAUGAAAAUCGACAAGCCUCCUGUUUGCCAGAAGUUACUGCAGAAUGGGAAGAAAUACAGACUGAUCAGUGAGCCAGAAGCUGAAAUUACCCCAGAGGAAAUUGAAUUUGUUGAUGGUUCACUUUUAAAAUUGAAAAGUUAUAUUGAAGUGUAUUUGGAGCAACCAGUGGAGUUUAAAUUGCUUUUGGUUGAAAUGGAUUCUGAGGAAAUUGUAUGGAAAGCAAAACUGAGAGAAUGUGACUGGGUUCAGCAUGAUCAGGAUCGGAACAGUUCGAAAAGGAGCACAGGUGGUAACAGGCGACGAAAAUUGAGUAGCAGCUUACCUGAUGAGGAGGCCUAUGAUAAAAGAAUGAAGCAGAUUGACACUUCAGAUGGAGUGAAGGCCAGAGCCCUGCUAACAGAUGCUCAGCUGAUCACCCUUGCUGGGAAGCUGGGGAAGGAGUGGAGAAAAGUCGCCGCUGCCAACCUGGAGCUGGAGACCCGAGAUAUUGAUGAUAUGCAGGAGAAGAAAGAAGACGUUACGAUCUGUAACUUUAAGAUGCUGAAGAAGUGGCAAGAAAAGGAGCAGGGUAAUGCCACAGCCCAGAAUUUAUACAGCUGCUUGAGAAAUGCCCCAGUGGAAGUCCAGGAUGUGCUGAAAGGUUUCUUACGGGGAACGUGAAGUUUGGAAGAUGAACUGAAAAAGAAGCCUCAGGAACUUUUAUCUGCACAAGACCAUUUCAACUGGUAGUGGGUAUAGACUUGAUGAGACCUUGAACUUCACCAUCUGUGAAGGCAACUCCGUUUACAGUCAGCCACUCUAUAGCUCACACUAUUCAGGGGCAAAGAGAAAGUAAAAUAUUUGGAAAACUUGAGGAGGAAAAAACUUCUAUAAUAUCAAGAUGUUUUUUGCCCCUCCUGCUUGCACUAUCCCACUGUGCUCCCCACUGGUAUGCUUACACAGCUGCGCAAAGGGACUCCACUCAGCCAGUGAGAAAUGUGGUCAUCUUCUUUUUGGAGUCUGUGAACUAUGAAAUUCAUAUCAAGUGUUUGAAACAUUUUUGGCAAUUAAGUGGUGGUGUACUUAAACUUGCACCAAUUUAGUCUAGCUUUUUUCAUGUUGACAUUAAUGAAGAGAGGUUCCUAUUCUUUUAGCUCCCACACAGACACACGUGCCCCCGGUACAAUGUAUCUGUUUAUGUGGGAAGUGAUUUUCAUAUCUCACAUUGCUGACCUGUCUGGCUAGCGGUCUGUUGAACCGUUGACCCAGUCGUGUUACCUGGUCCUGGAGUGAUCAGGAAGUGUAAUCUCCCCCAUCAUGGUGUUGGCAUGCCCGCUUAGGAGUGAUCUCCUCGUCUCCCUGGGAGUUCAGUUGCAUCGACCAUCAGAGAGCCCCUGCGAGUUUCAUCAACCUUCCAAAGUCACCAGGCCAAGCACUACAUUUCUUGACUUUCGCCCUGGGGUCAUUUACUUUCUGGGGGGAAAAUUCCACUCAGAAAUAGCCUUAGCAGGACCAAGGGAAGACUGUGAUCUCUUCUUGAAGAAGACUUGCCCCAGGGAAUAAUGGGCCCAUUGACUUUUCUUAAUUGGUGAAAUGGUUUUUUGGGGAUAUAUAGAUAUUAUCACUGUCCCAGAAUCAUGUAUGUGGUGAUUAACAUUUUGGAUACAUUUUGUUAACUUAUUUGAAGAAACUAAAUUACCAUUUAUCUUCUGUAGAUGUUAGCUGGAGAGUAAAAUAAAUCUCAAUGAAUUAAUCAGAGAAACACACUUUAACUAUAGCUUUGCCUGUGAAGAACGAAUUUACUUUAUAGGGAAGAACAUAUUUUUAAUUGCCAGGGAUCCUGUGGAAUUCAAAUCAGUGUCACUUUAUGAGAUUUUUUUUAAAUUGUAUUAUAUUUUAGGAAACGUAAAAUUUAAAUAUUCAGAAGUGUAAAAUACAUAAAGGACUUGAAUUUUUAAAUGUUUAUAAGUUGUUUUCCAACGAAAAGUAUAAUUUCAGCGGUGCUUUGUAUAUACGCUGGUUUCCUAACAGUUUUCAACCUUUCUCAUACUAUGGGUGAAGGGAAGAAAAAUAAAUCUGCAUUUGCACAGUG